UACAUUAAAGGUGAUUGGGUGAACCCGUGUCACGUGACCGCCCUUCGACAGGAGUUUCCACGACAGCUGAGUAGCAGGCUAAAUACGUUUUUCACCUGUAACAUAGGUCCUUUUUAACUCCAGUGAGUCGAAGUUUCGUAAAAUGGGAGACAAGAAAAGCCCUACAAGGCCAAAGCGGCAAUCGAAGCCCUCCGCCGACGAUGGGUACUGGGACUGUAGCGUCUGCACAUUCAGGAACACCGCUGAGGCGUUCAAGUGCACGAUGUGUGAUGUCAGGAAGGGGACGUCAACUCGAAAACCACGGCCGGUUUCUCAGCUGGUUGCACAGCAAGCAAAUCAGCAGUUUGCACCACCCACACUCCCCAAAAAGGAGAAGAAAGAAAAAUCGGAGAAAGACAAGAGUGAUAAAGAACUAACACUAAAAAAGAAAAGCUAUAAAAAGAUAAGGCCCAGGUUAAAAAACAUAGACCGGAGCAGCGCCCAACAUCUAGAGGUCACAGUUGGAGACUUGACUGUAAUAAUCACAGACUUUAAGGAGAAAGCCAAACCCACGUCCACUUCAACAAGUGCUGCCUCAGCAGACCAACACAGCCAAAGUGGCUCAAGCUCUGAUAACACUGAACGAGGGGUCUCCAGAUGCUCUUCGCCCCGCGGGGAAGGCUCGCCGGUUAAUGGAGAGACUCACUAACUUUCACACUCCCAGU